CAUCCAGAAGCCCAUCCCCCUGGUUUAGGGAAACCAUCAGACUUUCAUUCACGCUGCACUGGGAAGCGGCCCGGCCUGCAGGAUCAUGGCCUCACCGAGAACAAUAACCAUAGUGGCCCUUUCUUUUGCUCUGGGCUUAUUUUUCGUUUUCAUGGGAACCAUUAAACUCACUCCGAGGCUAAGCAAAGAUGCCUACAGUGAAAUGAAAAGAGCAUACAAGAGCUAUGCCAAGGCCCUGCCAGGUCUGAAAAAGAUCGGCAUCAGCUCCGUGCUGCUUCGCAAAAUCAUCGGCUCCCUGGAGGUGGGCUGUGGAGUGGUGCUGACCCUGGUCCCCGGCCGGCCGAAGGACGUGGCCAACUUCUUGCUGCUGUUAGUCAUGCUAGCUGUGCUGUUCUUCCACCAGCUAGUAGGGGACCCCCUGAAGCGCUACGCCCAUGCUCUAGUCUUUGGCAUCCUGCUCACCUGCCGACUGCUCAUCGCCCGGCAGAGCGACGAUCGGCCUGAGCGAGAAGACACCAGGGAGGAGCUGCAAAUCAACGACCAGGAAAGGAACAAAGUGAAGCAGUCCUAAGGUCUCCAGCAGUAAAGGGAACUUGAUGCGUCUCUAUGGAUUGCAGUAAUAGAAAAUUCAAGAGGAAACAUUCACUCCUUGUAAUAUCCGUCUGAUUCCACAUGUCCUCUGUGGUCGUGCGCCUGGCAGACUGAUUCAUUCACCAGUUCCUCUGCACCUCUACUGUAAAAUAAUGGUGGACAAUCACACCUGGUUGAUCUCAAUUCAUCCUCCCGUCACAUCAGUUCAUUUUUCUAUUUUUUUGAGUCUUGCGGUCGUAAUAAAUGUUUGUGUUUUACUCGAGUACUUCCUUCAAUUGUUCUGAGUUGAUUUGAGAAUGCUGUCUUUGGAUCUAGUUUUUCUAAUUUGUUUUUAUACUGUAAGUAGUUAGAAGAGACCUGCUCUGAGUCAAUUUGAAGCAUGCUUAUUUUGGUGAGGAGUACAUAAGCCAAAAAAAAAAAAAAAAGAACUGUUGAUAAAGUUUUAUACUUCGUCUUCUUACAGCUGUCUCAACAAAAAGGAGAGGUUAGACAGAAUUAUGCAAAUGCUCAUGUUUUGUUUUUUUUUUUUUUUGGGGGAUAUUUCUGGAUGUUCACAUUAUGGCCUGUUUUAAUAUGAAAUAAUCAGAAUAUCAUCUUUCUCCUACCAUCUCAGUUAAACGUUUAAGGGCAGCAGAUGUUGCCUCAGGUCAGGUGUGUGCCGUUAACUUGCACGGCAGCAUCUUAACCAAAAUAAAUAUCAUUUUGCUCGUUAGAAGUUGCAUACUACUCUUUGUAAUUCACUGGUAAAGUAUUAAACUGGGUGAGUUUUUCAUCUUGGAGCAUUUUAGCUGCAGUUACAAAUCCUGUCAAUAUUCCUGUAAAUGAGGAACUUUAAAUAAAGAACUGGAGGCGUGAUUGACUUU